AUGGCGCCACAAGAUUCAUUCAUAGAAGAUGAGGAGGAUACCUGCCCUCUCUGCAUCGAAGAGUUUGAUCUUUCGGAUAGGAAUUUCAGACCUUGUCCUUGUGGAUACCAGGUGUGCCAGUUUUGCUUUAACAACAUCAAGAAUAAUAUGAACGGCCUUUGCCCUGCUUGCCGACGACCUUACGACGAAAAAACCAUACAGUGGAAAGUUGUUACACAAGAAGAAGUCGCCGAGUUUCGGGCCAAUAUUCAAAAGAACCAAAAGAAGCGAGCUCUGGAUCAACGACAAAAAGAACUACAGAAACGCGAAGCCGAGAAGGAGAACCGUAAGAAUCUGAUCGGCGUUCGUGUUGUCCAAAAGAACUUGGUCUAUAUCACGGGUCUUGCACCGACCGUUCGAGAGGACGAACUUCUCAAGACGCUACGAAAGCCGGAGUUCUUCGGCCAGUACGGAAACAUCCAAAAGAUAUCCAUUAGUAACCGAAAGAGCUCUGAUGGCCAACAUCAGUCGCUUGGCAUUUACGUGACCUUCGAACGUCCGGAAGAAGCGACGCGGUGCAUCCAAGCUGUGCACGGAUCCCACAACGGUGAUCGAGUCCUGAAGGCGCAGCACGGCACGACGAAAUACUGUUCAGCUUGGUUGAAGAAUGAAAAAUGCGGCAAUCCUGGUUGCAUGUUCUUGCAUGAACAAGGCGAUGAGGAGGACAGUUACUCACGACAAGAUUUGUCCUCUAUGAACAGUAUAGGGUCUCAACGGCCUCUCCCGGGAGGCACUUCGCGGUCGGCUUCCCGACAACAGAUAUCUCAUCCUACGCCGCCCCCCGUCGUAUCCCAUCCGAUGACACGCUCCAUUAGUAAAGAGGGUUCUGAUAAUGGUGCCGAUGGAUCAGCUCUACCUUCCUCAGCCAACUGGGCCCGUAAUCCACAGCGAAGUCGCAGAGGCAGUCUUGCUACUAGUGGUGCUGCUUCCAGCCCUGCUAUUUCCACAGCUCAGCCUGUCACCGCAGAGCCUGUACCAGAAGAAGCAGUCGAGGAGGAAGACGAGGAUGAGUUGGAGGAAGAGGAACCUCAGCAAUCGGAGUCAGUUGCUGGACCGUCAUCAUCUAGGACCCGGGAGCCUGAAUCACCCGCACAAGCUCAAGAGUCACCUGAUACAUGGCUUAAGGAGAUUUACAAGACCUUGCAAAAUUGUCCCAUGCCUAUCUUUCCUGAAUUUGACGAAGACCAAUACCCACCUAUGUUCGAUCCUCGUGGUGGUGAGAAGCGCCGGGCUAUGCGAGAAGAGGAGGAUUCACGUUUGACCGGAGAACAGGAAGAGCAACCCGAGGUUCGUGAGCCAUCAGAAGGAGAACCUGAGACCGGUGGCAGCCUUGCUCUUGGAGGAGAGCCUGAGGACCGUGACACUUCUAGCGACAACCGAGGUUUUGAUCGCCGACCUAGUACUCAGCCUCCUAUUCAGCGACUUUCUACUGACGGCCUCUUUGGACCUUCUCUCACCGGUGCUUCACCCUUUGGCCAGAGCUCGGCGAACCCUGGUUCGCGGUCUAUGACGCCGCAGCAGCUGUAUCUUCGAUCUCAGGGCGGGUUUGGCGAUGCCCCCCCUGGUAUAACCAGCCAAAGCAAUGCUUUCCAGAAUCAGGGUCAAAGCCAAGGUCAAGGCCACAACCGUCAGUCCUCUCGAUUCAGCUUCGCCAACGACAACGCGAGCUCUUCUACCAACGUUAAGGUCGCAGCCAACCCGCGUAUCAUGGCCCAGCAAUCUUCUAUGAUGCCCAACACGUUUCCGUCGCAGAGCAGCAAUCAGUUUUACGGUGCCUCCAUGCCCGGGCCGCCUCCUGGUCUUAAGUCAACCGGCACUCCCCCUAGCAUGUUCGGUCAGUUUGGUGGACAGGGCUUUGGCGCCCCCAAGGACAAUUCGAGUGAGCUUCUUCAGAGUUUAAUCGGUCGCGGUCGGGCUGCUAACAACCAGUCCCACGACGCGGGAAAGCGUGAGUUUAUGAUUCCUUCUUAUUCAAACCAGUACCCACCAUCCUCUACCUCCACCCCAGCCCCUUCUUCCGGGCUCCUGCCGCCUCUCUAUGGUAAUACACCUGGAGGGUACCAAGACAUGGGCUCUAAGCAGAAGAAGAAGGGAAAGAAGCACAGACAUGCUAACACUUCCUCCUCCGGGGGGAGUGGCUUAGUAGAUCUUGCAGACCCGAGUAUCUUGCAAGCGCGAAUGCAGCACCAGUCUCAAGGCAGCGCCGGAGUCGGACAGGGCUUGUUUGGCGGUCAGAGUCAAGGUGGGUACAGUCACAACAUGAUGUAUAAUGCAGGCUAUGGAAGGUGGUAG